GUUCGUUCCUCAGUCCUCAGCAGGACAGCUUGUCGCGUUGACAGAGCAACCCUUCUCGAUUCUCAACCUUUGUCCACUUUCCUCCUUGUUUGCAAACCGAAGAUGUUUCGAGGGAUAACUAAGAUACAGAAAGUUUCGACUGGGGUGCGGCUAAUGAGGAGCACCGAAUUGCAGAGUCUUACCUGGAAGUCACAGAGCAGAUUUCUUGCUAAUGCUGCUGCUGCCCAACCAAAGGAGUCUUCCCAACAGGAUGGUUCGGAGAAGAAGCAGACUGCCAAACCUGAUUCCAAAUCCUUUGGUUUGAACUUAUUCCGUGGACAGGUUUCAGCCGAUCAAGUGUUUCCAUAUCCAGAAGUUUUGAGUGAGGAUCAGAAACAGGAGCUGCAGGAGUUGGUGGACCCGUGUGCCAAGUUCUUUGAGGAGGUCAACGAUGCAUCCAAAAACGAUCAGUUGGAAAAAGUGGAAGAUUCCUCUAUGGAAGGUCUCAAGGAAAUGGGAGCUUUUGGUCUGCAAGUACCUCAAGAUUUGGGUGGCAUCGGUCUGACCAACACUCAGUACGCACGGCUGGUGGAGAUCGUCGGGGCUCACGACCUCGGUGUGGGCAUCACCCUCGGGGCCCACCAGUCUAUUGGCUUCAAGGGCAUCCUGCUGUUUGGCGACAAGGAACAGAAAGAGAAAUACUUACCGGCUUUGGCGUCGGGGGAAACGAUAGCUGCUUUCUGUCUGACCGAGCCGGCCAGUGGCUCAGAUGCCAGUUCAAUCAGGACAAGGGCUGUUAUGUCAGAGGAUGGGGAACAUUUCAUCCUGAAUGGCAGCAAGAUUUGGAUCAGCAAUGGAGGACUGGCUGAAAUUUUUACAGUUUUCGCUCAGUGUGAAGUCACAGACCCAAAGACGGGGGUCAGCAAGGACAAAGUGACAGCAUUUAUAGUGGAGAGAAGCUUUGGAGGAGUCUCAAAUGGUCCUCCAGAGAAGAAGAUGGGCAUCAAGGCGUCCAACACUGCUGAGGUGUACUUUGAGGACGUGAAGAUUCCCAAAGAGAAUGUUCUUGGUGGUAUUGGUGGUGGUUUCAAAGUGGCAAUGAACAUUCUGAACAAUGGAAGAUUUGGCAUGGCUGCCUGUCUAGCCGGGACUCAGCGCUACUGCAUUAGCAAGGCUGUGGAGCACGCAGCAAACAGAACCCAGUUUGGAAGAAAGAUUGAAACCUACGGAGCCAUCCAGGAGAAAAUUGCACGAAUGACAGUCCUGCAGUAUGUCACAGAGUCGAUGGCCUACAUGAUCUCUGCCAACAUGGACCAAGGCUCAGCAGAAUUUCAGAUUGAGGCAGCCAUCAGCAAAAUAUUUGCCUCUGAGGCAGCGUGGUACUGUGCUGAUGAGGCCAUUCAAGUCUUGGGAGGCAUGGGCUACAUGAAGGACUGUGGUGUGGAGAGAGUGAUGAGGGACCUGAGAAUUUUCCGCAUCUUCGAAGGAACCAACGACAUCUUGCGCCUGUUUGUCUCACUGACAGGAAUUCAGUAUGCUGGCAGCCAACUGAAGGAACUCCAGAAGGCUCUGGCCAAUCCUGCAGCCAAUCUGGGUCUCCUGGUGGGUGCAGGAGCCAAAAGAGCAAAGAGGUUGGUGGGAAUGUCCACUGGCAAUGUUUCCCUGAAGGAGCAUGUUCAUCCUGACUUGGCGGGCUGUGCCGACAAGGCUGCCAAAUCUAUAGAUGCCUUUGGUGGUACCGUGGAAGAUCUGCUCAUGAAACACAACAAGAAAAUCAUUGACGAGCAGUUCCUGCUGAAGCGACUGGCUGAUGCUGCCAUCGACAUCUACGCCAUGGUGGCCGUUCUGUCCCGAGCCACGCGCAGUAUCAACGAGGCUCACAACUCUGCCGGACACGAAAAGAUGAUGUGUGAAGUCUGGUGCAAUGAGGCCCACGACAGGAUCAAGCUGAACCUACAGCAGGCCACGGAUAACAACACCAGGAAAAACUUCAGCACUCUCUCCACCAUCUCCAAGGAGGUGGUCGGCCACGGAGGCGUCUUCCACCGGCACGUGCUCGGAUUUUAGCCGGAUCUAGUCAACGGAAAUGAGACCGACCGGGGAAGAUUUUAAUGUGACUGAUGUGAGAGUUGUGAGGAUGUGUGGAUUUGUGUGAGAGUCUGUGGAAAUGUCAGUGUUUGUGUUGUGUUGAUUUGUUGCAAGUGCCCGAGAGUUACGAUGCAGCUGAGAUAUUUGUACAAAAAGUUAUGAAGUAAAUUAUUCAGUGAUUGUUCGGGUUUUUUGUGUACUCAGUCGAAAAAUUAUCAGUAUCUGUGAUGGCUCUUUGAAUACCACAUUUAUAGAAAGCUUUUCUUGUGUUGAAACAUAUUACAUGUCAGUGUGUUUGAUUAUGUUUGUUUUGGAAUAAAGUUUACAACAUUUUUGGAUUAAUUCUCUUUUCCUUAAUUCCUAAUAUAUAUAUAUGCAUCCUUGCUAAUUGGAUUUUAUGUCUUAACUAAUGUAACUUUGGACUCACUAUCAUUGAUGGUUUUGUCCCUUUACUGCAUGUAUUUAUCACAUUUUUUGGGGUUUUGCCACUAUCUUCCCAGCAUUGUUUUUUUAAAAAAAAGUGUAUGUGAACAUGAUUGCGACAGGAUUGUUUUUGCCAGUAUCUGGCAAUGACCCAUGACAGUUUUUGUUCUUAUUAAUGUUAUAAUAUACAGUUUAACAGUCUUUGUCACAAUUGUGAUUAUGUGUGUAUAUAUAUCAUAUAUGUAUAAAUAAAUAAAUAAAAUGUGAAUACAGUAGUCUGCUUCUGGCCUUUAGCUUUAGUAAACCUGCUUUUGGACAAGGUGAUAAUCUGGAGGAGGGUGGGAUAGGGGAGAAAUAUGUGUGCUUCUGUCUGUUGUCUACGUUUUCUUGCUGUGUUUCUGUCUGUUGUCUAUGUUUUCUUGCUGAGCAGUCAGUGCAAAGAUCCGCAUCAUCUUUGUCUUUUCGUCACACCAGUGGACCAAUCGAGUUCUUAUCUCUUACCUGCUAGUGUUCCGACCAAAGUCCUGUGUUUGUGAGUUGAAGGGACUUGAUGUCUGUCUGUUUAGUUUGCUGCCCAGUGAGGCAAGUUUAGCCAGGCUAAUUUUUUCAAACACAAUUUUUUUUGGCAUUGUUAAAUCUGAUUUCUUGGCUCUUAUAUGACCUGAUUGUGUUUUAAGUGCGGGAAGACUCCCACUAAAAUUAAAAAUCUGAUUCCUAUUCAUGCUCCUGGUCAAACUUUGAUGCAACAACCUACCAAAUGUAAUAGAAUUUGAUCUUUUUAGUUUGUCAGAUCCCUAGAAAGUACAAAAACAAGACUAGCAGUGUCACUUCAAUUUGCCCCAGGUGAAAAAGGCACUCCACUGAACAGACAGGUGUGGUGGUAUGAGCACGAUGACCCCAGUCAGCUAAAGUUCAUACUUGUAAAGCUGGUCUUAAGACUGAAUGCGGGUGCUCUGUUGUGGUUUGCUUCUUCUUUCCUAUCAAACAUCUAUCGUCUUUAUCUCCCCUUCUUCUUUUUUAUGUUUGUUGCUCUCUUGUAACACCUCUAAUCUUCUGGCGCUCAUAUGAACUUAUGCAGUUGCGAGUGCCGUAAAACCCUCUACUAGAACUAAAAAAACACUAUUCAAUCUCUUUUUCCUCGCUGCUUCCCUAGUGUACCUUGUGUGAAACAAGGGAAGAUUUGUGUAGUUUCUCAGUCUGCUGGCUUUUGUAUCCGGUGUGACAAUGUGGGAAAAGUGGUGGUUGUUUGUGCAAGUUUUUGUGGUAGUUGAGGGGUUUUCAGUCACUCUAGUUACAUCUCAGGAAUUUCUUAUAGUUGUUGUCAGUUCUGUGUGAGUGAGUGCUGGGUGUACUGCUUUCUGCUCCGUGACCUGUGUGAAAACUAGAAGGUGUGUGUGUAUAUGUGUGUGUGUGUGUGUGUGUGUGUGUGUGUGUGUGUGUGUGCGGGCAUGGGUGCGUGCCUGUGCUGUUGUUGUGUUUGAUGGGCGAGUGAUAAAAUGUGCAUGGUGAUAGUGAUAGAUGACGCCUCUUUUAGGUUCUUUUCUUUAGUCUGUUGCUGUUGUAGUGGAAAUGAGAGAUGAGAAAAAUGUUGCAAAGCAAAAAAAACGUUUCCGGAAGUAUGAUGGGAAAAGGUUGGGUUUUUUCUUUCUUUUUCAUGUAGUUGAUCAUGGAUAUUUUAAGGUAAAUCAUUUGAAGACUUAGGUGUAGAAAAACACGAUGUUAUGAAAUCCAGGGUUAAGAAUUUUUGGAACUUACACUGAAUGGCCAGUUCUGUUACCAGCAGAGAACAAGGAAUUUACAGUACGGAUAUUUAAAGGAAGGGUUUGUGAAAGUCAUGGUUGUCUUGCUAUUUCUUGUAAUGGCACUCUUGUUUCUGGGUCAGUCCAUGAAGAAUGAAGAUGCAGUUGUAUGGGUAAUGUGGAGAUGAUGACUUGAUGGGAAAAUUCCCAGCAGUGAUAGAGCCAUUCUUUAUUUUUGUAUGUCGGAGGCAACUUUCUUCUAACACACAGUUUUAAAAAAAUCCACUCUAUCGUUGUUCAGAAUUUAUUCAGCAGGUUUGUCACUAGUUUCGUUUUUCAUGGAAUGACCCUUUUUUUGUGUAUUUUAUUCACUGUGUGAGGCAGAAAGUUCUCCCUAAUGUAAAAGCAAUGCUAACAAUGCAAAAUGUAAUAUAGAAAGCUCUUUUUGUGAUUUUAUUGCGUAGUCUUCUUCUGGAGAGAUGCCAAUGUAUUGCAAUGCCAGGAAUGCAAGCAAAUGCAAAAACUCAAUGCAAAAUUAGGUCUCGCGACAGCAGAGAUAUUUUUUCGCCCCACACUCUGUGCCAUACAGCCUUGAUAAUAUAAAAGUCUACCUUUGAAUUAUGAAAUGCUGAUAGGCUUGGAGUUAAGAUAGUCUGAGGAAUGUCUGAUGGUGUGUGUCGUGUGUGAGUUCAUGCACUCUUUGCUUGCCUUUUAUUUUCCGCAUUAAACAUUUUAUUUUUGCUUG